AUACCGCUAAUAAAGGUAUCACUAAUAAAGGUACUACUAAUAAAGGUACUGCUAAUAAAGGUACUGCUAAUAAAGGUACCGCUAAUAAAGGUACCGUAUAUAUUUAUUUUGGGAAUAAAGCUGAUUAG